CGGCGCCGCGCUCGCUUCCUUCCGCUCAGAGCCACCCAGGUCGGGAGCCUUAGAGCGUCCUCAUUGGCCCUUUGAGGAGCGCGUGAGGGAGAAUGGCGGCGGCCGGUGGGUUCAGAACUGUGGAACCUGUGGAGUAUUACAGAAGAUUCUUAAAAGACAAUUGUCGGCCUGAUGGAAGAAACCUUGGUGAAUUUAGAACCACGACUGUCAAUAUAGGUUCAAUUACCACAGCAGAUGGCUCUGCCCUUGUGAAGCUAGGUAACACGACCGUUGUAUGUGGCAUAAAGGCGGAAUUCGCAGCACCCCCUGCUGAUUCCAGUAACAAAGGAUAUAUUGUUCCUAAUGUGGAUCUUCCUCCACUCUGUUCAUCAAGGUUUCGACCUGGACCUCCUGGGGAAGAGGCUCAGGCUGCUAGUCAGUUCAUUGCAGAUGUGAUUGAAAAUUCACAGGUAGUGCCGAAAGAGGAUCUCUGCAUUGUAGAUGGGAAGAUCGCUUGGGUUCUGUAUUGUGAUAUUAUAUGCCUGGACUAUGAUGGAAACCUUCUAGAUGCCUGCAUUUGUGCUUUCUUAGCAGCUUUAAGAAAUGUGCAGUUACCUGCUGUUACAAUGAAUGAAGAAACUGGAUUGGCAGAAGUUAACUUGAAAGAGAAGAUUCCUUUGACAAUUAGGAAGGAACCAGUGGCUACAUCCUUUGUUCUCUUUGACACAGUAAUGAUAGUUGAUCCAACUGCAGAAGAGGAAGACUUGGCAACAGGCAUGUUAACUGUAGUCACUGAUGAAGAAGGCAAACUAUGUUCAGUUCAUAAACCAGGAGGAAGUGCCCUCACAGGAGCAAAACUUCAAGACUGUAUCAGCCGGGCAACAGCACGACAGAAGGAAGUUAAAAAACUAAUUGACAAAGUUAUAAAAAGCAUAAAACCAACAUAAAGAAUGCCUCUCUGUAAAGUUGAAAUGUACAAAGUAUUUGUGAUAAGGUCAAUCCAUUAUUUACACAAAUAGAACAUUUGUCAACUCCAGUUUAUAAUCCUGCUUGAAAAAUAAUAAAUACAAUGUUUCCAGGUUGGUAAAUUGCA